AAUUUGUGUUAUAUUUUAAUCAGUUAUUUACCACGAAAUUGACAAAAUGUUAUUGUUAAUCUUUGCAGUAUACUACGUAACUAUGCAAAUAUUUCCAUGCGCAGCACAAUUAGAUGAGUCUAAAGCAGAAAUACUAAAACAGGAUUUUGAAAGUGAUGGUACUGGUAUCUACAAUUUUUAUUACCAAACAAGUAAUGGCAUAGAAAGAAAUGAAGAGGCAACAUACACAAAUGCGAACGGUCGUGGGGACCAUUAUGUUUUGACGGGAUUCUUUUCCUACAGAGGACCUGAUGGAGUGGAUUACAAAGUAAAAUAUACCGCCGAUAAAGACGGAUUUCAUCCUGAAGGAGACCAUUUUACAGUUCCGCCAUACACUCCCUGGAAUAUUGAAUACAAUGAAAAUGGUGAAGAAAUUUAUUCAGCCGACUUUUCAAAUGAAGGGAAAAUAGCUCGAUUACCGAAAAAACUUAAGGAAGACACACCCGAAAAAGCCUACUUGCCAGCGGCUGAAAAUAGGAGAAAGCGACUGAUAUGAGAUAUACUUUUAAGGAUUUUUAAGUUA